AUGUACUUCAACGUCAAAUUAAUCCUUCUCGCUAUUACCUCUCUCACCACUGUCGCGAGCGCAGAAAAUAUCCAGUACGACGCAUUCGCCAGCACUGUCGAAUGUAGUGGCGCCAGGUUCUCCUGCUUUGACGGCGGUGCUCUGUGCUGCGCUCUCCCUCCCGCCUUCGGCUUCUCCGUCCAAUUCAACAACUUCGCCGUGGCAGAACAAGGCCAGGGCUACACGGGGAGCACCUGUGCUGACUUCCUGUUUGCCUUAUUCGGUCCUGGAACCAAGUGCUGGAAUGGGGGAGGUGUUCGUGCGACGCACGCGAACUGGUUCCACACCUCUGGGAGGCGCACUAUUGACCCUCAUUCGGCCACCUCGAACUGCACCACCCCGUCGAGCUUCACGUACCACGACGAGUUGAGUAGAGCGGAAAGGACCAUCAAGGUGCCUCCCAAUGGAGCCGACGAAGUGGCAGAGUUCUACACCAAGAAGGACUUUGCCAAGUUGGCAAGCUACGAAACCUACUAA